AUGACCUCAAACGCCAACUCUGCAGACGUCCCAGCGUUUAUUGGCUUUGUUGACUCAACCUACCAUGCCCUGCGUCUCAUCAACGCCGCCCGUCAGGGCCUCAUUCCACGAAUCACUCGCCGCCUCAACGACAGCGAGCGCAGGACCAUGAUCAAGAGCGGCGCUGUCUUCGUCUUCAGCGUCGAGGAAAGCGGGAUCAAAAGGUGGACUGACGGUUUGCUGUGGUCCCCAUCCCGCAUUGUCGGAAAUUUCUUGGUUUACAGGGAGAUAAACGAACGGAGCAGCAGUCGCGUAGGUAACAAGAGGGCAUACCACAGUCCAGAGGCCCCAUCCCGGGGUAUUGGGGGCCAGUCCGAAUUGGGGGCGGGACACAAGACCUCAACCUCAACAACCGACCAGGGGACGUUCAAACCUAAUGGAUUGAUCAAGAAGACCAUCACCGUAACCGUCGAGGGCUCCGAUCUCCACCUCAUCUCGUAUUACACGUCUGAAGACAUCCGUCUCGGCCGUCUCAGAAAGCCAGACAGUCGCGCAGACAUCGCCACCCUCCCCAUGCCGCCUCACAUCUUCCGUUUGACGAAUUUCCGUACGCCCCCAAAGGUGGAGAUUGGGCCGGACGGCAAAGCGAGACUAGUAAGCGAUGGAGACAAUAACGAAAGCGUGGAAUGUAAAGUCGAGGAGCAGACGUACAAUGUCGGCCAUUCCCCGCCUUGGUCUCCAUCUCAGAGCUCCCCCGUCGAGAGCUCGUAUCCGCCGCGCAAUUCGCUCUAUCCUCCAUCAUCUGAGUAUCCCGCUCGCCAUGGCGCGACCGACAGGUGGGGAACCAGCAUCGAUAGCCUCCGAUUGCCGGGACCCGUCGUUCUGGGUUGGCCACUCCCCAAUCCUAUACAGGACCCUCGUCGGGAGAGCUCAACAUCAACUGACUCCAGCUCCUGGUCCCCUCUAAACUCGUCAUCUAGCCGCCAGUGGGAAGGUAACGGUUACGAAUCGAAUAACAGCAGCGCCGCCGAUGGUCUAUUCCUCGAUCGUCCUCGAAUGCGAUCAGGCAGUGCCUUUGGAGGGAUGGUGUCCUCUCGAGGUAGCGGGGACGAUCACGGGAGAUCGUACAGCACGUAUGCUUCAGGCGGAACAAACCUAGGCCGUAGUCACAACCACUACUCUUCCUCUUCACACGCCGCUACACCACGGAUGUCUUCGUCGUGGAUGCCGAAUUCGUCGAGGGAUAGCACGCGCACUCCCAUCCCUCACUCUGCCUCAUCAUCGUCUUUCGACUCCUCCCCUCCCCCACCUCCCCCUCCCUCGCACUUCUCUCCUCACGGCUAUCACCCCCAUGCGGCAUCCCAUAGCUACGGGUCCAGUUGGUCUCCUGCGGACGCCUCUACCCUCGAUCUUCCCCUCCCCUCGCAGACCUUCUCACCUAGCCUCCAUUCUUACGACCAGUAUGGCAGUGGUUCCGGAACUCUGCCCAGCCCCGAGGAGUACACCACGAAGGUCGAAGAACUCUAA